UUGCAGACAUCUGAAGUUGUUGCAACACUGAAAGAAUUGAGACGUUGUACGAAGGACGUCACAGCCAAACCUCAGCAACCCCACAAACCCCUCAAGUCAUUGCCUCCAGUCCAUAACAACCCUGUAGCCGAAACUUUCCCUAAACCAUGCACAACGAUUACUCGUCCGCAAUGUCGAAAAUCCAUCACCUCUUCGAAACCCGUCCCAUCCUCCAAAGCAGAUUCGUUAUCGAACGUCGGCAACGCCACGGAGUGCAAUCCAAUAGCAGUAGCAGCACGUAAUUUGAAAUUCUGCUGCCAACUUGCGCACGGUUCGCCUACUGCCAUCAUCUCCAACUUCACAUCUGUGGAUGAACUCUUCCAGUCCAUCGCCGAUUGUUUCAACAUCUCCCCUGAUGACAUCAUUUUCUGCACAAUUAACACUUUCAAGGUCGACAUGGAUAAGCUCUUUGCUGGCACCUUGGAGUAUUCCGACAUGUUGUUCGCUCAUGUGAAAGGCCAAGCUGUCGAAUCCAUCGCCGAUUGUUUCAACAUCUCCCCUGAUGACAUCAUUUUCUGCACAAUUAACACUUUCAAGGUCGACAUGGAUAAACUCUUUGCUGGCACCUUGGAGUAUUCCGACAUGUUGUUCGCUCAUGUGAAAGGCCAAGCUGUCGAAGUGGAACUCACUAAAUCUGAAGCACUAUUUGGUCUUACUGUAAGUGACAACGGACGCUGCCGAUCAUUCAUCAAACGUAUGAAGGAAAACAGCAUUGCAUCUCGUGCUAGCCCAGCUCUUGCCAUCGGUCAACUAAUUGAGAAGAUUGACGGGAUUAAUGUGACUGGUAUGCGACAUUACGAGGUGGUUCGCAUACUCAGAAACAUGCCAAUAGGGAAGACGUAA